AUGGCCGCCUCCCGCCGCCUGGCGCGGAAGCUCCCCUCCAUCAUCUCCAAGCACCAGCGCCUCAUCUCGCCGGAGAUCGAAACCCUGGAGGAGACCCCCGAAAUCUCCACCUCGCCCGCCUCCAUCCCCCUCGACCCCUCCCUGCCGCUCCUCCCGCUCGCCGUCUCCCACCUCUCGCCGCCGAGCCCCCUCCCCCUCGCGGCCUCCCGCCGCCUCCCCUCGCUGCGGCGCCUCCUCCAGCUCGUCCUCUCCCGCCCCUGCCCCUGCGCCGACGACUCCAUCUUCGCCUGCCCCGACCUCCUCCCGACCUUCCGCAAGGCCAUCCUCGCCUUCGCCACCUCCGGCGACAUCCCCGCGGCGUCUGAGGCCCUCGCGUCCCUCCGCCGCGCCGCGGACUCGCCCCUCCCCGCCGAGUUCUACAACAUCAUCCUCCACGCCCUGGCCCGUCUCCACCGCCACAACGACGCCAUCCGCUUCUACGGCGAGAUGACCAGCGUCCACCGCGUCGUCCCGGAUGCCUACACCUUCAACAUACUCAUCAACAGCUCCUGCCGUGUCGAAGGCGUCGAUUCCGCCAUGCGGUGGUUUGAGGAGAUGCGGCACCGGAGCUGUGCGCCGACUGGUGUGAGCUUCAAUACUCUUAUGCGCGGGUUCUUCAGAGAGGGCAGGUACAAGGAAGGCCUUAAGGUUGCUCACGAGAUGCUGCAGCUUGGGUCCGGGCUGUCGGUUGCUUCCAUGCAGAUUUUGAUCGGUGGGCUGUGCCGUGGAGGCGAGGCUUUGAAGGCAGCAGAGGUGUUUCAGGAGUUUUUGGUGGAUGCAGUGGUGCCGGAAGGGUUUGAUUGCUUGGAUCUUGUUGAAUCUCUGUGCCAUGUUGGGAGGGUAGACAAAGCAGUGGAAGUGGUGGAGUUGGUAUUGGAGAGGAACAUGGCAUCCUGCUUGAGUGUCCCUGCUGGCGUAACGGUUCUGGAUUGCUUGAUGAAGGCGGGGAAGCUGGAUGAUGUGUGCCGGUUGAUGGGAAGGAUGGUUGGGGAGGGGAUUGUACCAGAUACCAUUUCUUGUAACUUUAUCUUCGAGGCACUUUGUGAAGCUGGGCGGACUUCUAAUGCAAACAAGCUGAGGAUUCUGGCUAAGGAGAAAGGUUUUCAGGCUGAUGGUGUGACUUAUAGCAUGCUGGUGCAGGGGUUUGGUAGACAGGGAAGGGUGAAGGAAGGCGAGGCUGUGUUGGAUGAAAUGCUUGAUUUAGGGUUUAUACCUAACAUUGUGGCUUACAAUAGGCUUCUUGAUAGCUUACACGUGCGGAGAUCUUUGCAAUAACAAGUGAACUCCUGUAGACAUGUGUAUGCUCCAAACAUCUUUUGGCCACAUGGAAGCAUGAAACUGCAAGAUGUCAGAGAGUUGGUGCUUAGAAUUCAUGUGCAGAGUCUUUUCGAGGAACAUAAAACAAAACAAGGGAUAGUCGGAUAGAUGUCAGUUGAGACGAGCAGUGGUCAUAAUUGCACUGACAGAAGUUGCGAAAUUCCAGUGAUUCAAAUGAGGUUUGAAGGCCUCCCUGUUUGAACUGUACAUGAUCAUGUUUUUGUAUAGCAUUUUCCUAAUAUCUCUCAGACCAAGUGGUACUAAGAUCUUGUUGAUAGAAAAUGCCUUGUGCCAUCUGGUGAUUUGACAUCUGUACAGUUAGCGGGGCUGAAUGAUUUUGCAGGGGAGCUACCUUAACAUUCUCGUCCCUUAUGUCUGGUGUCCAGAUAUUGUAGCCUUCCGGUAUCAACUAAUUGGAGAGUUAUGAUAUUUGGACAUUAGACAGGAAAGGUAACCAUAAGGCAGAGAUGAAUAGUCUCGUUAAGAAUUAACUCCCCAGGCUGCAUGAGUUGGAGCGUUAUAAUACCUGGAGAUUGUAGACAUAGGGAAGACGUAUGGCAUCUUCCAAAGGUCACAUAUCCCUUGGCUUCUAGCAUUCAAUCGAUCGCGAAACUUAUAGGAUGAGACACUAUACAAGAAGAUAAUUUCCAGGCCUGUAAAGCAUACUGGAAGAUGCUCUUCUCAGCAUGUUACAGAAGCUGAUGGGUUGUUUCCCUUUCAAACAUAACCAAGAUUGGGCGAUUGGCAAGUCUGGUAAGGUUAGUGAUCCUGUUUAAGAACUCCGAGGAAUAGCUGGGAAGUCAAGGGAGCUGAUAUUGCAUGCAAAUAAAUCACUGCUUCUGCUUUCUUGUUUCCCCAUCUAUUACCUCUGUUCCGAAAUAUAAGUCGCUGGGGGAGUUCAGUUUACACUCCCCCAACCACACAUAUUUAGGUACGGAGGGAGUACUUCAAUAUAUUUUAUGGAUCUUGACCAACAGGAAAAUUUGUUGUUGCCGAUUAUCGAAGAUCAAUACUACAUCACACUACCAUGAAGCAAUUUGUUUUUAAUGCUAUUGCCCUUUUAGUCACACUAUCUAUGAAUCAUUUCAAGUGACAGUACCCACACUUUCCCAACAUGUGGGUUGGGUUCUGUAAUGACAGCAUCCACAUUUUUGUCAUUGUAUUUUCUCUCCAGAUUGGCUGUUUAGAACAUGUGUCCACAUUUUUGUCAUUGUAUUUUUGUCAUCCACAUUUCUUAGUUAGCUAUUUUUCUCCUUUUUGUCCUUUGUUCUGUGGGCACAAGCGCUUGCCAAUGAUGCCUGAAUUGCUGCUCUAGGAGGCUAGGAGCAAUGCUCUUAAGUCAUGGAUAUGGAAUUGGUAGCUUAUUGCCUUCAACAUAUACUACUCCCUCCGUUCUUAAAUACAAGUCCU